AUGUCCGCGUCAAAAGAUGGCAGUGCAGGCAAUCGGUCCAACUUUCGAACGGAUACAGCCAUAUCUAAUGCUAGAUUCGGUAAUGAAAGGACUCUUCAACCGUGGGUCCCCGAUGCGAGCGAUAGCGUGGAUGGCAGUCUAGAGGCUGCCUCUAGCAGCGGUCCGUGGGAUCAAUUCGCAGCGAAUGAGAAGCUUUUUGGCUUGAAGACCGACUAUGAUGAGAACAUGUACACCACCGCCAUCAACAAGACUCACCCCCAAUUCCGGGAAAGGAUGGCUGCUGCUGACAAGAAGGCUAAAGAAAUUGAGCGCAGCGUCCCAGCCACCGCCCACGUUGCGGAGGAGCGUGUCAUGGACUACAUUGGGAAUAGCGGAACCCCUGAAGAAAAUGAAGAAGAAAAGUACAGCGGCGUACGUCGCCAGGAUUUCCCUCCCCUCUCCGGGGGUGCCAACAGAUACACCCCACCUGCCAAACGAGCGCCCUCAGCUCAGUUAACAGUGAAGGGCGCGCCUGUUGACCCAGCUAUUAUCUCGUCACAAUUAAAGGCACCAAAUAAGAAGCUGCAGGCCACUACUACCACUGAUCAAUUUCGGGGUCAAGACGCAGAAGCGACGAAGAACGGCUUGACCCACAAGACGGACAGCUCCUCAACGGUUGUCAAACAACAAGCUCUUGAAGAGAAGAUGGCUGAAAUUAAACCGUCACCUCCGCCUGCGGAAUCCAAGACACCCGAGCCAAGGUCAGCAGAGAGGGUUGCCACCGUCGGCUCGUCCUCCGCAUCGUCCUCGCGAAAUGCCCUGUCGAAACCCAAAGACGUGACGCCUAGUGCAACGUCUACAGUGGAGCGUGACGUUUUGAAGGAGUUUAAGAGCUUUGCUAGCCAACAGCGCAUGAAUGCAGAAAAGGCUCGGAACAACAAAGCGAGAGCCGACAAGGAAGUCAAGCUUACAGAGCUCAAAAAGUUCGCCAUCACUUUCAAGCUGUCGACUCCCGUGCCAAACGAUCUGGUAUCAAUCAUAGCAAAAGACCCCGCGAAGCAAAAGGAGAUCCAAGCAAAGGCUAAAAAAAAUGCCGAAGAGAUGGCCAAGUCAAAGGCAAACGCUGUUAUCAAAGAGAAGAGCCAUCCUGUCAAGGACACGCUUGUGACGAAAACAUCGGAGGCCAGUGCGGGUCCUUCUACAGAAGGACGCUCCUCCCGGGUUCCAGCAGCUCCACAAGCAGGCCCUUCGGGCAACGGGAACAGACAUGCUGGGGCUCGACAACAGUUCCCUCAACAGCCCUACCAUGCCCAGCAGUAUCGAAACACUCGUGGUGGCCCUCAGCACACUCCACCUCAGCAGCAGCAGACUGGAAACUUGGCCCAGCGGCUCCGUCAUGUAGAGCAGCAGAGGUACUCCCAACCCCCAGCAGCUCCUCAGCAUGCCACUGGCCAUGAAAUGCGUGCUCCUCCCACGGGCCCUUCUGGCAACAUGGAUUCCAACUUCAACCGCAGACUUGGUGGUGCGCCGGGCCAGAUGAGCGCCAAACUCAACCCCAACAGCCACGAAUUCAGGCCCAGCCCCUUUGCAGCAGCUUUCAGCCCGAAUAGUCAUGCCAGCGCAGGGUCCAGCCCACGCAAUACAGUCAACAACGUUGCGGACAGUCCUGCCUCGAUGCCACAAAAGGGAUCGGCCGCCCCUCUUAUUCGUCGCAAGACCAAGGCCGUCGAUGUCAGCAAAUGCUUGAUCCUGUCGCACAUUAAGACGUUGACACCUCCCCAAAGUCGUAACUGGGACGACAACGGGGGCUUGCGUCCAUCAUAUGACACUCUCCCGACUUGGAGGCAGUUGCAGGAUGAUGAAAAGGCCGACUCAACCAUGCAUCUUACGUACAAGGAAUACUUUGAGCGCCAACCCUUCAACGGAUCGUCGGUGGCGACGCCGAACCCUCCACACGUCGUUCCCCAACUCGCCCACCAGCACCAACUGCCUUUUCACCUCCAGCACGGCGCUCACAACAUGGGCGGCCCUCGGCAGUCACCGCAUAUGCCCCCCAUGCAGAUGCACACACAGCAGCAUGGUCCGGUGCUUCACCCACCGUACGGUACUGAUGAUCACCGCAUGAUGCACUCCAAUUCCGCACAGUCGUUUGCCUCGCCUCGCAUGGGUCAGCUCCCAGUUGCGUAUCCCGCUCAAGUACCUUAUAACCAGCCAGUGUUCAUGGGCCCCAGCAAUCCCCAAAUGGGCCAAUACCGCAGCUUUUCAAACAACCCGCAUUACGUGUCACCACAACAAGGGCAGAUUGGAGGGCCCUUGAUGAUGCAACCUCAAUUUAUUCCCGGUCCACAGGGCAUGAUUGCUGGUCCACAAAUGAUGUAUCACGGAGGCCAUCCGCAGUUCAUGCCGCCGUCUGGGCCGCCGCAGCCUGGCCCGGGAGGGAACGGCUAUCCCAGCCCAGGUAGGCCGGCAGCACCGGUCAUGGUUCAUCAAGGCUCUCAGCAAGGGCAGCAAAUGUAUGGAAUGAGCCCGAGCGUGCAAUACAACCAGCCGUAUGGCCCGGGUCAACCGAGUGGGCCGAGUCAGUGA